CUUCAGUGUUGCCUGGGGUCCAUCUGGAGCCUGGAGCUGGGCCCCAAAGAGUAUGCCUACCUGAAAGGGACCAUCCUCUUCAACCCUGUGAUUUGUGAAGUCCACCAGUGGUUUGGAAGAAUAAAUGGGCGAACGACUGAAAAGUCUCUGAAGAAUUGAAAUUAGAUUGGGGAGAUUCCCCAACAACUAAAAGUCUUGAAAACUACACCUCUUGCAGGCUUCAUAAACUCAUAAGAGUUUAUGAAAGAGUUCUGUAAUCCCACUUCUCUGGAUGAACUCGCAACCUGGGAAUGUGCCCUGACUGAAAGUCGUCCGGAAAAAUUUUAGUAUACGGGACCAAGCUCAACCAAGUGAGCCACCACGCCAGAGCUCAGGUGAGUUUCUCCAUCUUCGCUGGCUUCUCUAGGUAGGACGAUGACCCCCAGAAACCUCCCCAAUUACAGGUCCAAUUCUACAGCUCCCGGCUGACCAAUCACGGAUUACACGGCGCUGUGACGCAGACUCUCUGCGUCGCUUGCGGUGUUCCCGAGAGAACUGGUUUCAGCCGGUCAUGUGAUAAUCCAAGAUGGCGGUGCCCAGAGAUGGGGAGGAAGAAGCGGUAAUUUACUUAAUUGUGAGUGGCAUACCUCCGGAGUUGCGCUCGGCCCAGCUACGGAGUUACUUUAGCCAGUUCCGGGAACAGAGCGGCUGUGGUUUCCUUUGUUUCCAUUAUCGGCAUCGUCCUGAGCGGGCAGCUCCCCAGGCUACUCCCGACUCUGGCCUAACUCCUAUGGGCCAGAGUCUUGCCCACACUUUAGUCACCGAUGCCCAAGAUUUCUCCACUCGGGUCUCUGCUCCCGCCCAGCCCCGUACCUGCUGCUGCGUUAUCUCGGUACGGGGGGCGGCUCAAGCCCAGAGCCUGCUUCGCAUGUAUUCGGGCCGCAGGUGGCUGGAUUCCCAGGGGACUUCAUUGCCUGGUCGUUGUUUCAUCCGCAGACUUCGGUUACCUUCGGAGACAUCAGGUUUGGGCUCCUUUCCCUUCAAGACCCGGAAGGAACUGCAGAGUCGGAAGGCUAAGAGAGAAGAAGCCUUUACUCUUGGUGACCUGAAGCAAUUGCCAGAGCUGAACCCACCAGUGCUGAUGCCCAAUGGAAAUGUGGGGACGCCCCUGCAUGUCUUUUUGGAGUUGAUCCGGGCCUGCCGCCUGCCCCCUCGGAUCAUCACCCAGCUGCAGCUCCAGUUCCCCAAGACAGGCUCCUCCAGGCGCUAUGGCAACGUGCCUUUCAAGUAUGAGGACUCAGAGACUGUGGAGCAGGAAGAGCAUGUGUACACAGCUGAGGGUGAGGAAAUACCCCAGGGGACCUGCCUGACAGACAUAUCAGCCAGCCUCUGUGGAGAGCCAGAGGAAGAAGGAGAAAAAGAGGAGGAAGAAGAGUCACACUCAGAUGAUGAUGAUGACCGGGGUGAGGAGUGGGAGCGGCAUGAAGCGCUGCAUGAAGAUGUUACCGGGCAAGAGCGUACCGCUGAGCGGCUCUUUGAGGAGGAGAUUGAGCUCAAAUGGGAGAAGGGCGGCUCUGGUCUGGUGUUCUACACUGAUGCCCAGUUCUGGCAGGAGGAAGAAGGAGACUUUGAUGAACAGACAGCCGAUGACUGGGAUGUGGACAUGAGUGUGUACUACGACAGAGAUGGUGGAGACAAGGAUGCCCGGGACUCUGUUCAAAUGCGUUUGGAACAAAGACUCCGUGCGGGCCAGGAGGACUGUUCUGUGAUGGAACACCAGGUGGGCACCUUUGAGCGCCACACCAAGGGCAUUGGGCGGAAGGUGAUGGAGCGGCAGGGCUGGGCUGAGGGCCAGGGCCUGGGCAGCCGGUGCUCAGGAGUGCCUGAGGCCCUGGACAGUGAUGGCCAGCACCCCAGAUGCAAGCGUGGAUUGGGGUACCACGGAGAGAAGCUACAGCCAUUUGGGCAACUGAAGAGACCCCGUGGAACUGGUUUGGGGCUCAUCUCCACCAUCUAUGAUGAGCCUCUACCCCAGGACCAAGGGGAGUUGCUGCUCCGCCGCCAGCCACCCACCAGCAUGAAGUUUCUGACAGACAUGACCUUUGUGAGGAGCCCCAGCUGUGCCUUGGACAGCGUCUCAGAGCCUGAGUGACAGGUUCAG